CCAACACCGCAUCCCCGUCCGGAGGCACGUAUUCCUCAGCAGCUCCCCGGGAUCCUGCCGGCGAAGAUGCGCUGCUGCCGCAUCUGACGCGCCUCUCCCGUGAGAGCUCCUGGGAGUUCGAAGGCAAUAAAACGAGCGAGAAGCCCACGAGAGCAUCACACGAGGAGCUGGGUGUAUAAAAGGUCUUUCGAAAGGAAUCUCUUACGGACAAAGAGCUUUUCGGGCGAAGGGGCUGUUAUUUUUGCUUCUUGGUUGCAGAAAUAGAGGGUGCCAGCCAGGAGUGUCGUAUCCUGGAGGAUUCUUCAGUGGCCUUUUUGGUAUUGUUCUUCUCUUUCCCCUUGAACACCGCGAAGUGCUGACCUUAUCCUGUGGAAUAGAGACUCUGCCGCUCAGCCCCCAGUUCCAGCUGGGAGAAAGAGGUCUUUCUCCCCCUCCGUCUGUUCAGGCACUUCUGUUUGAAUGGAAGAUACAUCUUUUUGCUGAAACUCUUUUGUUGUGACAUUGCAUAAUAGGCAGUUGUCUCACCGCAGGAAAUAAAAGAAACGAAAGGAAAUAGAUGGAAGGAAAUUGUUCCCCAAAGCAAAAUUGAAGCAGGGAAGAGAACAUUAAAAUCAUUUCGAGCCCUACCCAAGAUCUAGAAGACCACAAAUCUGCUAGCUCCAGAGGAAAAUACACUAUUAUAAGAACUCCUCAGCAGUCAGUAACGAUGAGCAGUCGUGGUGUUUCGUCUGGAUGCAGCUGGUAAAGGAGAGCUUUGGAGGGACGUGGGGGCUUGGCCUGUAUGAUGCCUGAAGACAGAAAUGCUGGAGUCCGCAGCCCAGGUGCCUUAGCAGCAGCUCCUUUCAUUCCUAAAACUACUUAUAGGAGAAUUAAGCGGUGUUUUAGUUUCCGUAAAGGUAUUUUUGGCCAGAAGCUGGAAGAUACUGUCCGGUACGAAAAGCGCUAUGGGAACCGCCUGGCUCCUAUGCUGGUGGAACAGUGUGUGGAUUUUAUCCGACAGCGGGGGCUGAGGGAAGAGGGCCUUUUCCGACUGCCUGGGCAGGCUAAUCUUGUCAAGGAGCUACAGGAUGCAUUUGACUGUGGAGAGAAGCCUUCUUUUGACAGCAAUACAGAUGUGCACACAGUCGCUUCACUGCUUAAGCUGUACCUGAGGGAACUCCCAGAACCAGUCGUACCAUAUGCCAAAUACGAAGAUUUCCUUUCCUGUGCCAAAAUGCUCAGCAAGGAGGAAGAAACGGGCCUGAAAGAACUGGUGAAGCAAGUGAAGAGCCUGCCAGCUGUCAAUUAUAAUCUGCUGAAAUACAUCUGUAGAUUCCUUGAUGAAGUCCAGUCUUAUUCAGGUGUAAACAAGAUGAGUGUGCAAAAUCUGGCUACCGUUUUUGGCCCCAACAUCCUUCGCCCCAAAGUGGAAGAUCCUCUGACUAUCAUGGAGGGUACGGUAGUAGUCCAGCAGCUCAUGUCAGUGAUGAUUAGCAAACAUGAAGAGCUGUUUCCCAAGGAUGCAGACCCUCAGGUGGGGCCUGAGGUAUGCAACAACAACAAUGAAAUUCCAAAGAAAACGGCUGCAGGGCAGCUACAGAACAAAGAGAACAACAAUACCAAGGAGACGGCAGUGAGGCGCUGCUCUUGGGACAAGCCCGAGUCUCCCCAAAGGGGAAGCAUGGACAGUGAGUCUCCAACUGCCCUGCCAGGCAGCAAGACAAAUAGUCCCAGGAACAGCAUCCAGAAACUAGAUGUCACCAGAAGCCCACCACUCAUGGUGAAAAAGAAUCCUGCUUUUAAUAAAGGUAGUGGCAUAGUCACCAACGGGUCCUUCAGCAGCUCUGUGGAGGGCCCUGAGAAGAGCCAGACCUUACCAAACUGUUCCCUGCAAACCAGGAGAACGUCGUCCCUGAAAGGGCCGGUGACUAAGAUGGGAACACACAGCGUGCAGAACGGAGGCGUGCGGAUGGGUGUUUCCAGCACAGACGGGCACAGCAACACCCUCAACAGCCGGGCCCCGGGCUGGGUGCCCAAUGGCUACGUCACUCUGAGGGACAACAAGCAGAAGGAUGCUGUGAGCGAGUCAGGACAGCACAACAGGCUUUCCACCUACGACAAUGUCCACCAGCAAUUCUCUAUGGUGAACUCUGAUGACAAACAGAGCGUGGACAGUGCCACCUGGUCGACGUCCUCUUGUGAGAUAUCCCUCCCUGAGAACUCCAACUCCUGUCGUUCAUCCACCACCACCUGCCCUGAGCAGGACUUUUAUGCGGGUAACUUUGAAGACUCUGUGCUGGAUGGGCCACCACAUGAAGACCUCUCUAACCCAGGUGACUAUGAGAACAAAAGUGACAGAAGGAGUGUGGGGGGCCAUAGCAGCCGAGCCACCAGCAGCAGCGAUAACAGUGAAACAUUUGUGGCCAACAGCACUAACAAUCACAGUGCUUUGCACAGCCUGGUGUCCAGCUUGAAGCAAGAGAUGGCCAAGCAAAAACUAGAGUAUGAGACAAGGAUAAAAAGCUUGGAGCAGAGAAAUCUCACCCUGGAGACAGAAAUGAUGGCCCUGCAUGAAGAACUGGAUCAGGAGCGGAAGAAGUUCACAAUGGUAGAAAUCAAAAUGCGCAAUGCAGAGCGGGCGAAGGAGGACGCAGAGAAGAGGAAUGAUAUGCUGCAGAAGGAAAUGGAGCAGUUUUUCUCUACUUUUGGAGAACUGACAGUGGAGUCUCGCAGACCAGAAAGAGGCAACACCAUCUGGAUCCAGUGAGCUUUGAAAGAGUAGACUGUGGGACUUCAGGAAGGGCUUAGGGGUAUUUUACUGUAUCAGGUGGCUGGUCACCUGUCUGAGGCUAGUACUCAAAAAAAUGUUAUAAACCCUUGAAGGAAGGAAUCGUACAGACAUAAUCACUCAUAUCUACAGCGUGUACUUAUCAAGUUAUACUCUUUGAAUGCUUCAUGAGACUACUGUCAAGUGUUACAACUGGAUAUGUGUAUAUAAAUUUAAAAAAAACACACCUUAGAGAGCAAGAGAUGUAUCUGAAGAAAUAUUUUAAUGCAAGUCUUGUAUUUAAACUGGUAAAUUGAAAUGUUGUUGCAAUCAAGCUUUAUAUAAAGGCUUUUCUCCCUUGCACUUAACAUAAUAAGCUAUUUUUGGCAUUGUGUUACCAUCAGCUUAUUUUGUAUAUCAAAUGUUUUUUCUGUUUUUGUUUUGUUACCCCUUUUGCUGGGGAGUGAAGAUAAACAGAUAUGUUAAGGUUUAUGUGUCAAUGGUUAACCCUAAUUUGCGUCGCUUCUGAAAAAACAGCAGGACAAGAAAACAGAAGUGUUCAGUGGGCAAAAUAAAGCAGUACUGAUUUAACAGAA